CUAAUAUUAACCCUUUCAUAACUACUAUUCUAUUAUACUAGAGAAGAGUAAACAUGACCCGAAUGCUACAACAACGUAUCCCCUUUCAGACGCCUCGGCAAAGAGCCUCAUCGUUGUCGGAUGAUGUAUUAGACACAUCUAGUCAGCUGUCAGAUAAUCGAAAUGAGACCCAAACCUCAUUAUGCGAAUCAUCGCAGCCUGUAACAGCUUCUGUAAUCUCCUUUAAGAAGCAGAGACUAUCAUGGAUCUUCUCUCACAUGCCUGAUGAGGAUGUAGAGACACGAUACUACAACCAAAGGACCAGGAAAGAGGAAUGGCGGUGCAAGUAUUGUGACAAAGCAUACUCUUGCUCAGGCAGGACAGCGGCUCCGGCUAAGCAUCUCACAGACUCUCACCCCACUGGGCAUGGUCUAUCCAAAGGUUCGCCACGGGUUGCGAAGGUCUCAAAUAUACGAACUAUUCUUGAACAAGCUCGCCUUACAGCUGAAGAGAAUCCACGAAAACGUCGUCGGCUUAACAACCAAUACGGAGAUUCGAUGGAUCCAAAUCAACUCGAAGUAUUAUAUGUACGAUUUAUUACCUCAUGCUCGCUCCCAUUUCGUCUUGUAGAAUGCCCAGAGUUUCGAGCUUUGCUUAAUUACCUUAAUGCCGAUAUCGAUACCUGGCUUCCUGACAAGCAUGAGACUAUUAGAAAAUGGAUUAUGCGGCAAUAUGAAGUCCAGAAGGAGAAGAUUAAACAACGCAUACGAUCGGCAAAGUCAAGGAUCCAUAUUAGCUGCGAUCUUUGGACUUCGCCUAACUCAUUAGCUAUUCUAGGUAUGGUUGCUCACUAUAUUACAGAAGACGGGCAGCUUGAACACCAUAUCUUGGCUCUAAAAGAUAUCGAUGGUGAACACAGCGGUUCUCACUUAGCUACGGCUGUUUUAGAAGUGAUUGAGGAAAGGGGCUUUGCUUCAAAGCUUGGAUAUUUUGUAAUGGAUAAUGCUGGCAAUAACGAUACUAUGAUGGAAUCACUUUCUCUUGGUCUUCUACGCCAAUUCGACAUCCGAUACGAUCCUAAAGCCCAUCGACUUCGCUGCCAGGGCCAUAUCAUCAAUCUUGCUGUUAAAGCCUUUCUAUUUGUUACUGAUAAUGAGAAACUCGAAUACAAAGAUCCCAAUCUACACCAAACAACACUAAAACAAAUUGAAGCUUGGCGUCAAAAGGGUCCUCUUGGUAAAAUACAUAACUUUGUUAUAUAUAUCCAGCGAAGUGUUCAACGCAGCCAAAAGUUCCUUGCUAUCAGCCAUAACCAUAGGCUAGCCCGGGAUAAUGAUACACGAUGGAGUUCAUGGUAUGCUAUGCUACACACGGCGUUGAGCCUUCGAGAUGCAAUCGACGGGUAUUUCAACAAGUGGAUUGAACCGGACUGUGCUGGAGAUGAGCUCUCUUCAGAGGAUUGGAUUAUACUCGGGAAAAUCAAGAGUUUUCUAGAGAAGCUAAAGAUGACAACGAAAGCUCUUGAGUCAUCAUUUGCAACUCUUGAUAAUGUUCUCUUAGCUAUGGAUUUUAUGUUGGCACAAUUUGAAUUGGGGAAGGAGACCCAUAGAGACGAUCCCAUCAUGGCCCCGAUGUAUAAUUCGGGCUGGGCAAAGUUGGACAAGUAUUAUUGUCUUACUGAUGAAUCGCCUGCCUAUGUUGCAGCUAUUGUUUUGCACCCUUCACACAAGUGGCACUAUAUACAUGAAAACUGGAAGAAGGAGUGGGCUGAGUCUUCAAAACAACUUAUUGAGACGCUAUGGGACGAAUACAAGCCCGUGGAAUAACCUCUUCAGCUAUGUGAAGUCAUGUCAACGACUACGAACGAGUUUCUCGAUUGGAGGAAUAAGCAUCUGCAGCCAUCAUUGAUCACAGAUGAGUAUGAGCGAUAUUGUAAGUCUGAGAGGGUUUAUGGAUUUACAAGCGCUCUUGCAUGGUGGUUAGAGGACACACAGCAGAAAAAUUACCCUAGCCUAAGCAAAAUGGCUAUAGAUAUACUGUCUAUUCCUGCG